CCUGUCCAAGAAGUGCGUCGAGACAAGCGCACGAAUCUUGAGCAAAAUGAACCUGAGUGUAGACCCUUGUGAGGACAUGUAUCAAUACGCUUGUGGGAACUACCUUGCAAAAACAUACCUCAGUCCGGAAGAGUCCAUUAAAGGAACCUUUUCGGAUCUUUCCUCUCAAAUCCACAAAGCCAUGCAUAAAGUAAGUAACUAUAGACUAUUGUCUGCCACUUACGUUUAUUUAUUCGGUUAGGACAGUGGUCGGAAUAUCGCGGCUCGCGAGCCGCAUGCGGGUCUUUGGCGACCUGAGUGUGGCUCGGCCAGUCGGCCACGAAUCGGUUUUAACUCCGAAAAACAUGGUUCUUUACACGGUCUUGAAAAGAAAUGUGGCGCUCAAAUUUUUUUUUUUUUAAAUCGUCCUGCUGCUGAAUGUUUGCUUUCUUGAGUAAUGAGUUUUUCGACCACUGGUUUAGAAUAAGUUUGCCGACCACUGGGUCAGAAUGAGUUUUCCGACCACUGGUUUACAAUGAGUUUGCCGACCACUUGGUCAGAAUGAGUUUUUCGACCACUGGUUUAGAAUAAGUUUGCCGACCACUGGGUCAGAAUGAGUUUUCCGACCAAUGGUUUACAAUGAGUUUGCCGACCACUUGGUCAGAAUGAGUUUUUCGACCACUGGUUUAGAAUAAGUUUGCCGACCACUGGGUCAGAAUGAGCUUUCCGACCAAUGGUUUACAAUGAGUUUGCCGACCACUGGGUCAGAAUGAGUUUUCCGACCAAUGGUUUACAAUGAGUUUGCUGACCACUGGGUCAGAAUGAGUUUUCCGACCAAUGGUUUACAAUGAGUUUGCCGACCACUUGGUCAGAAUGAGUUUUCAGACCAAUGGUUUACAAUGAGUUUGCCGACCACUUGGUCAGAAUGAGUUUUCCGACCACUGGUUUACAAUGAGUUUGCCGACCACUGGGUCAGAAUGAGUUUUCCGACCAAUGGUUUACAAUGAGUUUGCCGACCACUGGGUCAGAAUGAGUUUUCCGACCACUGGUUUACAAUGAGUUUGCCGACCACUGGGUCAGAAUGAGUUUUCCGACCAAUGGUUUACAAUGAGUUUGGCGACCACUGGGUCAGAAUGAGUUUUCCGACCAAUGGUUUACAAUGAGUUUUCCCACCACUGGGUCAGAAUGAGUUUUCCGACCAAUGGUUUACAAUGAGUUUGCCCAACACUGGGUUAGAAUGAGUUUGCCGACCACUGGGCUAGAAUGAGUUUGCCCACACCUGGGUUAGAAUAAGCUUGUCUCCUAUGGAAAAAAUUAUCGCGUUCAUAAAUAUUUUUUUAAAAAAUAGCUUCUCCGCCUUUUGAAUGGAAUGGACUCGUCCAUUGUGACGCGGGCUGUUCGUACCAAUACGAUGACGUCACGAACCUCUUUGUUUGGUGAAACACAGAAAUUGAACGUGGAAGCCAUGAUAGUAUUGUGUCCAACAUUCCCAUCCAACAUUCCCAUCCAAUAAUCGGGUCCAACAUUCCCUUCCAACAUCCCUAUCCAACAUUACAACCAAACAUUUCCGUCCAACAUUCCCGUCCAACAUUCAAGCAUCGCGCUCAUAAUACUAGACUGAACUCGGGCGCCAACUCAGUGUAAAAUAUUACCCCUUCCCCCAAAUUUCCCACACACAAACACACACAUAAACACAUACACACAGUCAUAGAUUAUGUGAGAUAACUGUUAUGUGAUGUUUAGUAUCACAGUACAUGUUUUUUGUUGUUGUUGUUCGUGUUGUUGUUGUUCAUAUUGUUGUUGUUCAUAUUGUUGUUCAUGUUGUUGUUAUUGUUCAUGUUGUUGUUUUUGUUCAUGUUGUCGUUGUUCGUGUCGUUGUUAUUGUUCAUGUUGUUGUUGUUCAUGUUGCUGUUGUUCAUGUUGUUGUUCAUGUUGUUCAUGUUGUUGUUCAUGUUGUUGUUCAUGUUGUUGUUCAUGUUGUUGUUGUUGUUUAUGUUGUUGUUCAUGUUGUUGCUGUUGUUCAUGUUGUUGUUGUUUGUGUUGUUGUUGUUCAUGUUGUUGUUUGUGUUGUUCAUGUUAUUGUUGUUCAUGUUGUUGUUGUUGUUGUUGUUGUUCAUGUUGUUGUUGUUGUUGUUUAUGUUGUUGUUCAUGUUGUUGCUGUUGUUCAUGUUGUUGUUGUUUGUGUUGUUGUUGGUCAUGUUGUUGUUGUUUGUGUUGUUGUUGGUCAUGUUGUUGUUGUUCAUGUUGUUGUUGUUCAUGUUGUUCAUGUUGUUCAUGUUGUUGUUGUUGUUGUUGUUGUUGUUGUUCAUGUUGUUGUUCAUGUUGUUGUUGUUUGUGUUGUUGUUGUUUGUGUUGUUGUUGUUCGUGUUGUUGUUGUUUGUGUUGUUGUUGUUUGUGUUGUUGUUGUUUAUGUUAUUGUUGUUUGUGUUGUUGUUGUUUGUGUUGUUGUUCAUGUUGUUCGUGUUGUUGUUGUUCGUUUUGUUGUUGACCAUGUUGUUGUUUAUGAUGUUUAAGUCAUUGUUGUUCUUGUUGUUGUUGUUCAUAUUGUUUCUGUUCUUCAUGUUGUUUGUUUUGUUGUUUUUCAGGUUUUGUUGUUGAUCAUGUUGUUGUUGUUGAUGUUUUUGUUCUUGUUCAUGUUGUUGUUCAUGUUUUGUGUUCCAUGUUGUUGUUCGUGUUGUUGUUUUUCAGGUUGUUGUUGUUCAUGUUGUUGUUACUGUUCAUGUUGUUUUUCAGGUUGUUGUUGUUCAUGUUGUUGUUGUUCAUGUUGUUGUUGUUCAUGUUGUUGUUCGUGUUGUUGUUUUUCAGGUUUUUGUUGUUCAUGUUGUUGUUGUUCAUGUUGUUGUUGUUCAUGUUGUUGUUCGUGUUGUUGUUUUUCAGGUUGUUGUUGUUCAUGUUGUUGUUGUUCAUGUUGUUGUUGUUCGUGUUGUUGUUUUUCAUGUUGUUGUUCGUGUUGUUGUUGAUGUUGUUGUUGUUGGCUCAGUUGCUGUUCAUCUUGUUGGUAUAUGUGUGCCUAGGUUUCUCCUCUACGUAAGUUUCCGUUCAGAUGAAUAAAGCAUUUGUAUUUUCUAGAUUCUAUAGCAGUAAGUUUAUAUGAAAUCUUACUUCAUCAAAUUUAUUCACUUUCUUUUAGCUCUUAUCAUGCAAUCAUCUUUUUACAAUCACUAUCUUUAACUCACAUCUUCCAAUCAUUUCUUCGCAAUCACUGUCUUGAAGCUCCUAUUUACAAUCACUGUGAUGAAGCUUCUAUCAUCCUAUCAUUGUUUUACAAUCACUGUCUUAAAGCUCGUAUCAUCCAAUCAUUGAUUCACAAUCACUGUGAUCCCUUCUAUCAUCCUAUCAUUGUUUCACAAUCACUGUCUUGAAGCUCCUGUCGUCCAAUCAAUAUGAGCUGAAGGACCAAUACUCUAGUGCCAUCGCUAAGUUAAGAACAUUCUACCGUUCCUGUAUGGACAUCGAUCGUGUGCGGGCCCAGCGCACGUCCCGCCUUUUCCUGGUAAAGAUUAAUUACACUACAAACAACAUUCAUCAAUGCAGUAAUGACAUACUUCAUUGUUUUAAUAGCGACGUACAGUUUGUGUCAAUACUUACAAUAAUGACAUACUUCAUUGUUUUAAUAGCGACAUACAGUUUGUGUCAAUACUUACAAUAAUGACAUACUUCAUUGUUUUAAUAGCGACAUACAGUUUGUGUCAAUACUCACGGUACUGACAUAUUUCAUUGUUUUAAUAGCGACAUACAGUUUGUGUCAAUACUUACAAUAAUGACAUAUUUCAUUGUUUUAAUAGCGACAUACAGUUUGUGUCAAUACUCACGGUACUGACAUAUUUCAUUGUUUUAAUAGCGACAUACAGUUUGUGCCAAUACUUAGGGUACUGACAUAUUUCAUUGUUUUAAUAGCGACAUACAGUUUGUGCCAAUACCCACGGUACUGACAUAUGUCAUUGUUUUAAUAGCGACAUACAGUUUGUGCCAAUACUCACGGUACUCACAUACUUCAUUGUUUUAAUAGCGACAUACAGUUUGUGCCAAUACUUAGGGUACUGACAUAUUUCAUUGUUUUAAUAGCGACAUACAGUUUGUGUCAAUACUCACGGUACUGACAUAUUUCAUUGUUUUAAUAGCAACAUACAGUUUGUGCCAAUACUCACGGUACUGACAUAUUCCAUUGUUUUAAUAGCGACAUACAGUUUGUGCCAAUACUCACGGUACUGACAUAUUUCAUUGUUUUAAUAGCGACAUACAGUUUGUGUCAAUACUCACAGUACUGACAUACUUCAUUGUUUUAAUAGCGACAUACAGUUUGUGCCAAUACUUAGGGUACUGACAUAUUUCAUUGUUUUAAUAGCGACAUACAGUUUGUGCCAAUACCCACGGUACUGACAUAUUCCAUUGUUUUAAUAGUGACAUACAGUUUGUGCCAAUACUCACGGUACUGACAUAUUUCAUUGUUUUAAUAGCGACAUACAGUUUGUGCCAAUACUCACGGUACUGACAUAUUUCAUUGUUUUAAUAGCGACAUACAGUUUGUGCCAAUACUCACAGUACUGACAUAUUUCAUUGUUUUCAUCUCUCAUGUUUUCUGUUCCCAAUAGAUAAUGAACGAACUGGGUUCUUGGAAUGUGACCAGGCGUGGACUGGACAAGUGGAACGGACAAAGUUGGUCCCUAGAUGACGUCAUACAGCGUCUUCACAGGAUGG